CAAAGGCCAAAGGCCAAAACACAGCGAUUGAAGUGGGAAGAUAAGAAGCUGGGGUUGGGGAUUCUCGACCCUUUCCCUGUUCAGAAGAAGCUGAGAUGGGUUUCUCUGUGUUAAUGGCAACGAGUGGGUGUAGCAGUAGCUAUGGGACACCCGCUCUGGGCUGGAAAUCUUCAAGCUCGCUUUCCCAAUUAGGGUUUAUCCCCAAUGGGUUGAACGCAAUUCGGACCUCCCGUAAACCCGCAAAGUUCAUACGGGCGUGCGCCUCCUCCUCCUCUUCUUCUUCAGAACCACUUUUGGUGAGGGCAGCAAGAAGAGAACGUGUUAGUCGCCCACCAGCUUGGAUGAUGCGUCAAGCAGGAAGGUAUAUGGCUGUUUACAGAAAGCUUGCAGAGAAACACCCAUCCUUCAGAGAGAGGUCAGAGACAACUGAUCUCAUUGUCGAAAUUUCUUUGCAGCCUUGGGAAGCUUUUCAUCCUGAUGGAGUAAUCAUCUUCUCUGACAUAUUAACCCCACUUCCUGCAUUUGGAGUCCAAUUUGACAUUGAAGAGGUUCGUGGUCCUGUGAUUCAGUCUCCCAUUCGUUCUGAGGAGGGAUUGAGAACUUUGCACUCUAUUGAUUUGGAAAAGCUACAGUUUGUGGGGAACUCCCUCAAGAUUUUGCGUAAAGAGGUCGGGGAGCAAGCUGCAGUUUUGGGAUUUGUGGGAGCUCCUUGGACUAUAGCUACAUACAUUGUAGAAGGAGGGACUACACGCACAUAUACAACAAUAAAGGGCAUGUGCCAUACGGCUCCACAUGUGCUGAAAGCACUUCUCUCUCAUUUGACUAAGGCAAUUACUGAAUAUAUCAUUUAUCAAGUUGAAUCUGGAGCUCAUUGCAUACAAAUAUUUGAUUCUUGGGGUGGACAAUUACCGCCUCAUAUGUGGGAGAGUUGGUCAAAACCUUACAUUGAUGAGAUAGUAAGUAUAGUGAAGAGGAAGUGCCCACAAACACCGCUUGUGCUCUACAUUAAUGGAAAUGGGGGGCUCAUUGAGCGGAUGAAAACUACUGGAGUUGAUGUAAUUGGGCUUGACUGGACUGUAGAUAUGGCAGAUGGAAGGAAGCGACUGGGAAGUGAUAUCAGCAUACAAGGCAAUGUUGAUCCUGCUACCUUAUUUUGUCCUCUCUCAGCUUUGACCGACGAAAUCAACAGGGUUGUAAGGUGUGCAGGACCCAAGGGUCAUAUCCUGAAUCUAGGCCAUGGAGUGCUUGUUGGCACACCCGAGGAAGCUGUCGCUCAUUUCUUUGAAGUUGCAAGGAGUUUCGAUUUUGAUACAAUUGAAAACCACGCAGCUCAGGCGUCUAAAGUCACAGCGUAAAGAACAGGCCAAAUUAUUAUUAUUAUUAUUACAUCAGUAGCUCACUUCUACUCACCUGUUUCAUGUCUUGUGUCUGAGAUGGGAGGAGUUUUCUGAACAUGGUAGGUCCUUUUAGGCCAAUUAAGUAAGAAU